AUGGUCGCCGUACCAAUCUCCCUCAGGGCGUCCUGCCAGGUCGCCCUUCGCUCUGUGCCCUCCCACGCCUUAAUUCUGGCCAUCUCAGGGUACCGAGGCCGUCCUGCCUGUCACACACGGACCUCACGUUCCGUACCAUGUCCACGCAUAAGUAAUCUCGACACUCAGCGUAGCAACCCAACCUGCUUCGCCGGGUCCCUGAACGCCCAUGGCCCGACGCGGUGGAUAAGGUUGUCCAACCAGCGAACCGCAGCCUCUUCUGGAACCAGCACGCCUGCCGAGUAUACUCUACCCUCCUCGACCAUUCCACCUACAACUAACUGCGCAUGGUUAUUGACUGUGUUACCCUACCCGAUGCAUACGGACAAUCCAAUCUUGCACCCCUGCUCCACGCCCACUUCCAUCUCGCUACUCCUACUAAUUUACUUAAUUUGCUUACUUCUCAACCAUGACCCCGUCUGCCCAAGAGCGUCAGCGUCGUAA